UCAUAGUAGAAAAUAAACCUUAUUUAUAUAUUUGGGAUGGAUAACAAAUAUAUGGUAUAAAGGACUCUUGUGUUAAUCAGGUUGAAUUAGAUAAUCUAAUGAUAUUCAUUUUUGAUGGUGUUUUGGAACUAAGUUUCAGUGAAACUAUUCUCUUAGUGUGAAAUACCAUGUGAACCCAUUAUAGACAGCUCAAAUUUCACCAUUUCAAUAAUUCAAUUGAUAAUGUUCUAGCCGUCAGGUUGCGAGAAGAUUCCUAAGAAGAUGAACUCAUCUUAUUGGAAUUACAUUUGUGAUGCUAAUCUAAAUUUUAUACCUGCUAUAACUAUCUGCAAAAAAAGUCUUGACAUUUAGCAAAAGGUUUUGUGUUUUAUCACAAUUAGACAUUUGGCAAUAUUCUACAUUUACUAAAGGAAUAGAAAAGAUGACUGUUUAUAUUGGUACUAACUGUCCUGUAAUACAAUAUAAAUAUCUACCAAUGGAUGUGAAGUUUUCUAUAACUAAAGUUCUUAUUCCAUUAUAAUCUUGGUUAUUUUCAAGAGUCCUUAAAACUGCUCUUUUAUUUUAUCGAGUACACAAAAUAUGCUAUAUUACCUAAUGCCAUCUGCAUACACAUUUUACAAUUAACCUUGGAAUCAAAUACUCACAUCUGCCCUAUGUUUAGUAGAACCUAAGGUAUCUGCCAUUUGUCAUUGUGAAACAAAAUUUAGUAAAUCAUGCUAAUCAUUAUAAGCCACACCAGGUUCAUUCUCUAUUUACAAAUACAAAUUACUCUACUGAACAUGGGGCAGGUUAACAUUUGUAACAGACUGUUUUAUAUACAUGUACAUAUAUUAUUAUAAUAUAGUUUGGGGUCGGUGUGGUUAUUAUAGUAUAUAAUCUGCUUGGGGAAAUUUCACUGGAGAUGCUGGAAUCAUUUGAAGAUUGCCAUACUUCAUUACAAUGAUACGCAGGGAUAUAUAAUCUUGUAAAGGGCUGGCAUAGUUGUAGUAUUCGAAAUAUAGUGAUUAGUUAGGGAGAAAUGGCCUUGAGGUUUAUUAUAUAUUCUAAUACCUUUGGAGAUUUCUUGAUUUUUAACUGAACAUUGAACUGUGGGAUUUGCUUGCGUUAUUAUUUGAUUUUGUCAUACUCACUUUCAUAUUUUCUGUCCACAGUUAUCUAGAAUCUAGUAAAAUGAGUUGUUACUUCUUGAAAUUUGAAAUUGAAAAUACUUACUAAGCAAGAUGUAUUCAGGUACUGUUUUAUUUUAUUGGCCAGAGUACUGAUGCCACCCAUGAUACCUUAUGUUUUGCCAUAUUUAUCAGACAGUAAGAUUUCUUUUUGUAUAACAAACAUCUUUUCAAAUUCUGCAUAGAUCAGACCCAGUUUGAAAAACUGUUAAGUUCAAAGGUCAUCAGUUCUGCUUCAGAUUCAAUUUCCAGAUAGUGUACUGGAAAUUUUUGAAGAGAUUCUCUUGGAUACUAACUGCACAGUGUGUGCAACUUAUCAAUAAACGCAGUAAUGCUACUUUUAGAUGUAACUGCUAUACAGAUUAAACAGUAGUUGAUGUGGUUUGUAGGUUUGGUUUAUAGGUUUGCUUUGGUUUAGUAUAUAACUAUUUGCAUGUAAAGUAUAAAAUAGUUCAUGGAAACAGUGGUUAACAUAGGAUGGUGCUGGUCGUCAUUGAUAUCAUGUUUUAUCUUGGUAAGAAAAGAUUAAUAACCAUAUGAUAUAUAUUGUUUUUGUUGUUAUUUUGAAAUAUAUAAUAAGUUAGUCAUCUUCUUUAAUCAGGUUUGUAAAAUCUUUAAUUAUUUUUUCUUUCCAUCUUUCUCUUAUCUGCCUUUUCCUUUAUCUUUGAAAUCUGUUUAGUAGAAUAUGGUGUGAUCUUGUUUGAUUUAUAGUAAGUUAUUGUAUAAUAUUUGAUGUAUAAUAAUGUUUGUACUGAAAGAUAUAUGCGUAAUAAAUAAAUCUCUCAGUAAGUAACAAGGUAAGUUAAGCAUUGUUCUAGUGACUGAUUCCAUCUGUAUGCAAAUUGUUCUUCUCAUUCUUCUUUCUCUCUUACAACUAUGAUGAUCUGUUAGCAUUUCAUGUAGUAUAUUGAGCUUGGUUUUUAUUGCAAGCACAGCAUUAAAAGGUAAGGUGUGCAUCUAACAUGUCGAGUGUAUAUGCGACACAGAAGAGGUUACAUGGGAUGCGCAUGAUCUAAUUUGUUUAGUUAUGAGUCUUAGACAUCUACUCUGGUACUAGUACUUUAAUUUGUGUGGGUCAUGUAAAAUGGACCUUUAUUUAUAAGGAUGGAAUAUAUGUUUAUAGAAUGAUUAGUUCAUUCAUAUCUUUUGGAUCAUAUGUUCUUGAAACUCUUUCCGGUUUUGUGUAAGUGGUGUUAAUGGUGUUCUCAGCAUGCAUGACACUUUAAAAUAAAAGUGACAUUGAUACAUGUGAACACUACUUAAUAGUAAACACAUUGAAAAGUCAGAAUUGGAAUUGAUAGCCGCGCAUGAUAGUGGAAUGGAAAAGGGAUUUCAAACAUUUCUUGCAAACAAUGUAAUAUUAGAUUUAGACCCUUUCUAUACCUUCUUAAAGCAUGUGUUAUGGGCUUCAAGAUUAAAGGACUAAAACUGUCCCCAAUUCAUCUAAUCUCUAAAUAAAUUAUGUUAAAUUCUGUUGUGACUGAUUAUAUUUAAAUCAGAAUAUAUAGUUUAAUUCACCAAGAAGAUUCAUAAUGAGAGGAAAACAGUUCUAUAAUUGUGUGUAAUGAGGAAACAUUUCAAAGUAUUAUCCACAUGGUAAGCUUUGUAUUCUAUGCAUUAUAUAUUAUCAUAUGUAUAUACAUAUAUUGACUAAUACAAUGUUUUCAAAUAGGAUUACCUUAGAUCAUUGCCACAGAGUUUAUUACUUGAUGAACUAUAUGAAGAUUGGAUGCAGAUAGAAAGAUUAGACAGCCAAGAAGAACAAAUUGCCAGAAUCAAAGAGUUGAUAAAAACCCACCUGCCUGUUUGCCAUGCAACAUUACUGAAGUAUGUUAUGAUUGUUAUGUACAUUAUAUCAACCCACAGUGACGAGAAUAAAAUGACAGCAUAUAAUAUCGCUGUGUGUAUUGCCCCCAGUUUGUUGAAAUUUCCCAACAGCACAAACAAUAAUAAUGGUAGCUCUAACGGAAAUAAUAUUGGAUCAAGUGUACCAGUUAGCGUUGUUCAGUGUCUUAUAGAAGGUGUGUUAGAUGUGUUCGAUGAUUGUAGUUUACAGCUGUUUGGGGGUAUAAAACAAAUUGCUGAAUCUGAUUCAGAUAGCAGUAUGUUAGACACAGGUCGACGAUUGCUUGAUGGAUCGUCUAUUGAUAGUUUGGUAGAUAUGGUGGAUUCUGGUGAUGGACAAAUAGAUGAUGAGGAGGGCACCGGUGAACUAAAAAGAAUGUAUCAAAGAAGUGCAUCAUACAAUGACAGAAACACAUCUAGUACCGAUUCUGGUUUAUAUAGCCGUAGCUUAGAAUCCACUUCAAGUGUUGAAACCCACGAACCAGUUGCUCCUCCUAGAAAAAAGAAAGACUUUCCAUAUACUGAAACCUUUGAUGCCUUUUAUCAUUACCCCAAGCCCCAGAUUCCAAUGUACAGGCAUGCCAUUAGAUCCCAUCCUGACUUAGGCAAACGUCAUUCUGGUGAUUCGCUGAAGAGUGUUGAAGAGACACGAGAAGAUAGUGUUAGUGAUGUGCCAUUAGAUGUAUCAAACAAUUUUAGAGACAGUGAUCCAGCCUUAUCUUUACGUGAAAACAGCGCCAGGCAGUCUUCCAUCAUGGACACCCCUCCUCUUUCCCCCCACUCGUACUUCACUAGUUCUAGGGAUAGCUUUACUUCCGAAUCCUCUCGUUCCUAUGAUUCUGCUUCACUACAGUCCAAUCAGUAUGUGGGUGAUGAUUUGUCAGAAACAUCGUACAGUGAUUCAACUCUCAGCAGAGGAGAGUCCUUUCCAUCAUCAGUCCCGGUCGACUCCUGUGUUAAAGUAAAACCACGACACCAAGUUGAAAUAAUUAAGGAAACACAGACAACAGUUACAUGCUCUACUGACAUCACCCUGCCCAUAUCUAUUAAACACCCAUCAAACAAUAAUACUCCUUUAUCUCCUCCAUGCAUAUCAGUAACUAAGUGCUAUCCUAACUCAGGACAAAAACUCAUUGAGGAAAAUGAUGACGACGAAGAUGACGACGACUUUGGUUUUAAGAAACGUGCAGUGGAACAGGUAGAUCAGUUAGCAAAACUCGAUAAAAAUUCUGGUUUGCCUAAACCUACUAUUGUACCAAAUCGAACAAUGAUCAGUGGCGACAACACAGCUGUUUGUGUUAACAUUCAACGAAGCAAUUCUUUUGAUUCCAUUGGAGUACAUAGCUGUAGCACAGAAUACAAGUUACAUGACUUCAGUAAAAACGACCCAAGGAGACGAGUAACAAUAAUUACUAGAUCAAGACCACCAAGUCAAUUUAUUUCAAACUUUGUUGAAGAGUUGCCAAGUAGAAGUACUGGUGAUCUUAGUAAAUUACAGUCUGUAAACACGUUGGAAAGAACUAGACCAAGUCAACCUCCUUCUUAUCAAGAGGCUAUUUCUAGAAGAGUUGUUAAAAUCCCACAUGAAAUAUCAGAACAAGAUUUAGUGAAACAAAAAACUGAUAGUGCUCGCGCUAUGCUAAUGUAUCAACAAUCACUACAGACUUACAAGGAAGAGGCAGCAGGUCAUAAUGUAGUUAGUGAAAUAAACAAAACCUCAGACAAAUCAAAUUAUUCAUUGAAAGAAGACAAUGACAUCUAUGUUACAUUAUCAAGGGAUCCUAAAAGGGUGUAUCAAGAAUCUAUUCAUUUGUAUGAAAAAUCAACCCAAAAUAUUGAACCCAUACAAAGAACUGAUAGUGUUAAACCCCCACCAUAUAGUAUCGCCAUGUCAUCAAAGCAACAAUCAACAGUACAAGAUUAUACGCAACCUGAAGCAACACAGACACCGGUUAUUGUAAAUAAAAAGCUAAAGAGUCAGUCAUUUUCCGAGCAUAAUGCGCCUCGAAGGGUAGAAAACAAAGUGAAAAACGAUUUACCGUGGAGUGUUAGGGACAUGAGGGAAAUGUUUGACAAUAAGGGAAAUGUGGACAAAUCUCCACGUCUCUGCCCUCCACCAUAUAACCCCCCACCACCUUUCAAAAGAAAUAAUAAUAGACUAAGCCUGUCUAGCACAUCAUCUUCUGCAAACUCUUUUGGACGUUCAGGACCUCAAAAUAUCGAUUUUAGUUUCAGUUCUUCUGAGGAUUUGAGUUCAGGAAGUUUUUCCAAUAUCCAUGAAGACUGUUCUGACAAUUUUGAUUAUACCGACGUUUCCUAUGUGUAAUUUGCAGACUUUUAUGUUAAUUAUUAUGAUGAUUAGUGCUAUUUAUAUUAUAACUGUUGACGACCUAUUUAGAUAAUGUCAAACAUUUGUGUUGGUUUUCGUUUUUUGCUUUAGAAACACAAAUAUGAAUUAGGAUACAAUUAUUUUGAAUAGCUUUGCAGUGGCUGGUGCACAAAAGUUGUAUGUUAAAUAAACCCCAUUUCAUUUUGCUGGUGCUGGAAUAGAUUUUACCCUUACAGCAUUGUGUAUACUUUGAAUUGAUUAUAUUUUUACUAAAUACCUCACUGAAAUUUAUUGCAAAUAUCUAUCUCAGAAUAUGCUUCAAAGUAUUUUUGAAUUCAGAUACAGCAACUUUUGUCAUGGAUAUAAAUACUACAUGAAACUUCGGGAUAUUCUUUUUCCUGUUUGAAAUUACAUGCAGAUGAAGUUGUGUUUAUGAAGAUCGAAAAUACAAUAAAAACUCAAAUUUCAACAGCCACCAUACAUUUCUCCUGGUUUAAAUUUCGUUUUCGUUCUUGAGGGUUCUUAGUUAUAGAUGACCAUUAAAUCAUGUGGUUGUUCAAGUAUAUUGUCGUAAGUCCACCCUUAUGCAUGUUCUUGUGCUGCUCUAGAUGUCAAGUUGAAUAGUUUGUUUAGGCAUACCAAAUAUUCAAGUGGCUUCAUUUGGUUUGGCAGUUAUUCCAGUUUAGGGCAUUUUAUGAAAAUGUUUCUAGGUUGUUAAAUUAGAAUACCUUUGUAUUUCCAUAAUAACAAAUUGAAAAAAGUCCAAUGUUGUAUAAGAAGAAAAAAAUUUCUCGUUAGGAUUAAAAUUUUAGGAUCUGUAUAGUUAAUUAACCUACACAUAUUGUUUUAUAUGCCCACAUUGAAAUGUCUGGUGUCCACAGUUGCUUGUGGACGCUCUAGAGGCUAAAGUUAAUAUUGGAUUGACUUUAAAUUUAUACACAUUGUCUAAGGUUGUCCGACGAAGAAGUCUCUAGAGGUUAAAGUUAAUAUCCGAUUGACUUUGAAUUUAUACACACUGUUUAAAGUCAUGAUAUGAAUAACCCUACUGAUUUUUAACAAUUUCCAAUAAUUGCUGCCAAACUUAUGGCCCUUGAUCACUUUGAAAAAUGAUGUGGACGCUCUAGAGGCUAAAGUUAAUAUCCGAUUAACUUUGAAUUUACACAAACUUGAUAAUUGUUGCCAAUCUGAUUAAAACACAGAUCCUAUUUCAUUUCAUUUUUUAUAGUUCAAAAUUUCGUUUUACUUGUCUUUACUACACUAGGAUCUUGAAGAGUUGUUAUAUUACCUGCGCUUUGGAUCAAGUGAGAGAUAAGCCCAUGAAUCGGUCUGUUACAUCGACUUCUUGGCGUGCCAUGCACGGAACUGUGGGUAAACCACUAGAAACGUCAACGCUGAUUGAUUAAUCAAUGUCUGAUGUCAUAGGGUCAAAAGCGGCUCGUACGACCCCUGACAUGACCUUCAAGUACAACUUGUCAGAUCUUCAUGUUGUGUAGGCCAUCGAAAGUAUAAAAAAAAAAAUGAAACAAAAUAUAGAUCUGGGCCCAUAUUCAAAGAUUUUCUUAAAGUUAAGUAAAAAUACAUCAUUUUUCCACUUAACCAAGUGUCUUCCCUUAAAUCAGUAUUCAAAGGCUCUAUUUUACAUAUACUUGGCUAUGUGAAAAAUUAACUGCACACUUAAAUUAUGGAACACCAACAUUAGCCAAAAAGCAUGAAUUUUUAACUUAUGGAAUAACCUCCACUGCCAAAAAUCACGAAUUACUCUUGUUGCACGCAAGUUAUGUCCCCUUAAGAGCAUCACUAUUAAAAUCUUACUUGUCAUUACUAGGAAAAUAUUUGUCAAAAUAUUAUAUUGUAACGCACGAAAAUAGUAUGACUAUAAUUUAUAACAAAUUAUAAUGGUAGGCAUCCGUUACCGGAACAGCUGUUUUCGUAUAGAUGUUUUUCAAAAACAAUUGAUGUCAAUAGCAGUUAUCGAAUAGGAGUAGAAUAAUGAUGGAUAUUGUAAACUUUAUUAUAACGAAUAGAAAAUAACAUAUUAGCAAUACGCAAGGCUAUUGGCUUUAAAGUUAAACUGAACGAAUCAUUUGGUGUUUAUCAAUCUAUCAUUUGAGAAAUUCAUAGAAAUUGUGUCAGUUCAAAACUUUAAAAUCUCAAAGGCCUGGCCAUGACGGUACAUUGUAAUUCAUUGGUGGCACGCUUCGCUCAGCAGUCAUCAUCAUAUAUUUGUAUUUUUUUACAAAACGAAUACAAGAACAUGGAGCAAUCAAAACAUCAAAUAUGUAUAUGGGAAUGAAUUGUUAAAAAUAAACCAUGCCUUGCUUCUCGCGGCCAUAUUAAUAUUUUCUGAAAUCUACAAUGGAAUGUCAUCGCAAUGUCAAAUUUACAAAUAAAUUUAACGCAUCAAACUUUAUUAUAUGAUAGUCGUUGCAAACAUGAUUGAUUAAGCAAUACGAACAUGAUUGAUGAUCAGGAAAAAAAAACCUUGACCAUUUCAGUGGUAGUAACUUUAUACACUAUUAUGGCUCUACAAACUCAAAGCUGAUGAUGAAAAAAAAAACGUUUGAUGCCAGCUACGCUCAGCGACAUUGUCUUUGUUUCAAUCUCAAUUCCCUAACUUUUAAAAUCACCAUUACGGGUCUGCUACUACAUUGUGUACUCUGAUUAUAAAGAAGUCAUUAUAUUCUCACUUACCUUUAAGGUACCCCCUUUAGGUCACUUACGGAUUUUUCUCACUUAAACUGACCUUUGGAUACCACUAAAAGACUAAACACUUAUAAGUUAAGGCAGCUUUAGUUUAAGGGAAAAUUUGAUACUUAACACUGCCUUUGAAUACCACUUACCCUUAACUUACAGGAACAGGAAGUUAUGUAUAUUUAAGUGAAAUCUAGUAGUUAAGUGACUAUCUUAGACUUAAGAUAUCUUUUGAAUAAGGACCCAGUAUUUUAAUCAGAUUGAAUUGUUGUUAGAGUUAUGGCCCUUAAAUUGAUGCUCUCAUGACCAGAAUUAUCAUCCGCUUGAAUUUAAAUUUAUACACAGUGUUUAAGGUCAUGAGACGACAAAAUCUUUUCAUUGAGUCGUCUGGCGUGGUUUCGAAUCCCCGGUUGUAUGUGACAAGGAGUAGGGUCGCCUGUCCAACCUCGUGGGGUUUUUCUCCGGGUCCUCCGGUUUCCUCCCACUGCUAAAGACCCCUAUGCGCAAGCGAAUUAUUGAAAUAAAAUUUAAAAAAACAUGUUAGUCCCGAAAUGACCUAGUUUGUGUCGAGUGGACGUUAAACCCCAUUUCUCUCUCUCUCUCUCUCUCUCUCUCUCUCAUGACAAAAUCUAUUGAUUUUCAACGAUUUCCGGUAAUUUGAAAAGCUAAAUAAAUGAUAUUCAAUGUUUUGUAUACUAAACGUUAGCAUGUGGCAGAACUAUAAGCCAAACAAAUUCUAAUGAUUUCUGAUAGUUACUUCAUGGGUUGUUACACUUAAUCAAAUUUUAGUGUGUUGUAAAUGUUUUCAUUACCGACAAAGGAAAAAAUAUAUGCCACUCCUUGUUGACUGCACGGACGACUUAGCUGCUGUGGGCGUAUGUUUUCUUGUCUGGCAACCUAUCUUUAAGACAUUAUGUUGCCUGCUUAUCUUUAUUUUAUUAACAAGGUAUGAAAGGCCCAAUAACUUAGUUCUUGUUUGUUUGGCCUACUGCAAACUGAUUGUUACUAUAACUCAAUAAUUUUGUUUCCAGUGAAUGGAUUUGGAUUGAUACUUAUAACUAAAAAAAUCUUAAAUAUAUUAUCCAGAAACUCGCCAAAAUUCGAAUACAAUACAAUAUGGUGUUAUGAAUGAUUAUAAUCUGUGACAUUGUCUUUUUUUUUCUUUUUUUUUUUUUGUCUAUUCCAUGAAAUGCAGUAAGCUAACUUCUCAUGCAAAUAAACUGAAGUCCAUUAUAACAUCAAAGACAUCUACAUAUUUCUUUACCAUACUGCAAUCUGAUUGGUCGUUCAAACUGUAAAUACUGUAACUGAGUACUUACUUCAUUAUAACAACCUUUCACUACAUUUGAACUUCAAUUCCCACCUGUGUAUAUUCAAUUAGCCUACAGCAACCCAAUUGGGCGAUCCUAGGAUAUACCAUAUCUAAUUCUUGUGAAAAAAUAUCAAUUAAACAAACUAUGAUUAUGUCUUCAGAAUAAAUCUCCAACCCAAGACCCUGUAACGAUGGCCUUUGCACAUAUUUAAUUACCCUUUCUUCAAUCUGAUUGGUAAGUGUGGAGUUGUGGGCGUAUGUUGUUUUUGGGUUUUUUUAAAAAAAAAAAGAAAAAAUUGACAACUGGCCUUAUGAUGUGAUCUAAGAUGUACAGGUACAGUUUUGAUCGUAACAGGGUUUGGCCAUAAAGGCUAACCAACUAAGGGUCUCAUCCCGAAUAACUAUAAUUAAAAUGUCCCUCGAGAUAACCAGGAAAAUAUUAUCAAGAAAUACAAUAAAAGGCUACACGAAUUCUCUUGAUUUCUUUAUAUAAAUAUAUAUAUAUAUAAACAUAUGUUUAUGGCUAACGUUUUCAGUUCUCUUGAACCUCUUCGGGCCAUAUUGAUAUAAUAUAAUGUAAUGUAUAUAUAUAUAUGCCUUAUACUGGCUAAACAAAACUUGAAAUAGCAGGAGUGUGGGCAAGGAAAUCUCCCAAUGUUUGGGAGGUUUCCUUGCCCACACCUGCUAUUUGAAGUUUUAUACUGGCUAAACAAACUUGAAAUAGCAGGUGUGUGGGCAAGGACACCUCCCAAUGUUUGGGAGGUUUCCUUGCCCAAACCUGCUAUUUCAAGUUUUGUUUAGCCAGUAUAAGGCCUAUAGAUAAAAAAAACAUUAUAUUAAAUAACUACUGUAUUGUAUUAUAAUUGUUGUAAAUACCACAAUAUACAAAUUAUUGUAAUGCUCAUUUAUAUUACUGGUAUAAUAUCAUUUAUUCAUAAUAUAUAUAUUACUGUUAACGUAAAUACUUGUAUGUAGAAGAAAUUAGAAUUUUAUCAAUGUUUUUAUUUGGGUGUCUUUAAAUGAACCUUUGGAAAACCAAACUUAUUUAACUUAUUUUUUAACACCUUGGUACUAGCUGCUUUAUAUAUUUUUCUACGGCCACUUUAAAGAUGCAUUAUGCAAGAACUUAACCUGUCUAUUGUCGAUUUUGUUUUUCUGGCUUCCAAGUGUUAUAUAAAUCAUUAUUUAGACAUUUAUAAUUCCCAUUCCCAUAAUCAACUCACUAAAUCAUCGGAUGACUUAAAUAUUGAGUAGAUUAGACCAUUCCCGCAUAUCUAUGUUAAACAGUAAACACUCAUAUGGCUGGAGACUGUUGAACAAAUGAUUGACAAUCGAGGCUUUGUAUAAUAUCAAGGCAAUGGUGAUUGACAAUCGAGUAUAUGAACUGCACGUAGAGUUUCCAUCUACCAAUUAUGUCUAUUUCUUGGCAAAACUUCAAACAUUCAUAACUUUGAUGAAAGUAAUUGGACUGAAAUUUUAUCUAUUUUGAACUACUAUAGCCAGCCCUUUCUUAAAUCUCGCAUAAAGUUACUUUAAAUGUAGACGAUAAAAAAAAGAUGGGUAUCUUUAAAAACAUAAAAUAAUAGAAUUUUUAUUGCCAAAAGACACAUAGAAGCUGUACAACAUGUACUAGUAAGAUUAACAUUUUGAACAAUUAAAUAUAGGAUUAAAUUACAUUUACUUGAUUCUAGACUAAUCUGGUGCUGCAAGGACAAGCCUUAAUGAAACGGUUAUUUAUGUAAUAAAUAUGUACAUAAGAUAUAAUAUGCUACUAAACAUGAAUAAAUAUGUAUCAUCAUUUAAGAUGAUGGUUAAUAAAUUUUUUAUUAGUAUUA